AUGCCUGGUAUCGUGGCGUUCCGACGCCGAUGGGGCGUCGGCAGCGACGAUCUCGUCGUGCCCGGCGCUUUCCUGUUCAUCCUACAUCUGAUAUGGGUGACAGUGCUGGGCGUUCUACUGGGGAUUCUCAAAUGGGAUCUCAGCGUCACGUGCAUUCUCCUUCUGUGGGAAUACGUUGUGGGAUACUUGGUGAUUUUCGUCGUCUCCAUGGUAGUGGAAUUCUCUAUCUGCUUCCUGGCUACCAGAGGGAGCAUCCUGGACACUGCGGCGAGGGCGCCGAUGCAGUACAUCCUCUACAUUCGACUUUUUAUGCUGUUAGUGGAAACGGGAUGGCUGUGCGCAGGUGUAACGUGGCUGACACACUACUACCAAACCUGUCCGGUCGACCAAGUCAGGGAUGUAAUGUUAGGUUUAGUGGUAUCGAAUUGGUGCGUGCUGGCGUCUGUGAUGGUGACCGUAUGGUGUACGUACGACGCCGCCGGCAGAUCGUGGGUGAAAAUGAAGAAAUAUCAGCGCAGCAUGAGAGAGGCGGAAUCAAGAUGCGGGAAAUUGCAUUACAACCGAAGCGGCAGCAGAAACAGAAACUGGCGGCAAAGAAAGGUGAUACGCGCGUACCAGGAUAGCUGGGACAACAGGUGCAGGCUAUUGUUUUGCUGCAUGGGCAAUUCCGACAGAAGCCGCAACUCGUUCGCGGACAUCGCGAGGUUGUUGAGCGAUUUCUUCCGUGACCUUGACGUGGUCCCGUCGGACGUUGUCGCCGGUCUGGUGUUGCUGAGGAAGUUCCAGAAGAUCGAACGGGAAUUGAUCGUGAAACAACGGAAAAAUGACACGUACGAAUUUUUGUCCGGUGUUCCGGUCACUCCACGGACGAAAUUCUUGUCCUUGACCGAGGAUGGUGAUCUGGGCCACUUCCAGUCGGCCAUACAUUACAUGCACUUCGCCCUAGCCGCCUAUGGCUGGCCGAUGUUCCUCGUUAAUCACUCGACCGGCCUCUGUCAGCUGUGCGCCAGAUUACGAUGCGGCUGUUUCCCGUGCGGCGGCCACGAGGACGAGGCGACCGUUGUGGAGGACAAUUGUUGCCAGUGCAAUUACGCCGCGCUACGAAAGACGGUCGACGUCGCCGAAGUGGAAGUCGUUUACGCGACUUUUCAUGUCGACGUCGGUGAGACGCCGUUCUUCGUCGCGCUCGAUUACACGAAGAAAAAGGUUGUCGUGAGCAUACGCGGAACGCUCAGCAUGAAGGACGUGCUGACGGAUCUGAACGCGGAGGGUGAAGUGUUGCCGUUGUCGCCGCCGCGGGAGGAUUGGCUGGCCCACAAGGGAAUGGUCCAGGCGGCCGAAUAUAUCCGUAAAAAGCUGCUCGAGGAAGGAAUUAUAUCCCGCGCCCUCGCCAAGGAUCCUUCGAGGGGGACCGAUCAAUUCGGUGUGGCACUGGUUGGCCACUCCUUAGGAGCGGGCACAGCAGCUAUCCUAGCGAUAUUGCUAAAACAGGACUAUCCAGAUCUAGUGUGCUUUUCGUUCGCUCCACCGGGUGGUCUAUUGAGCAUGCCCGCUCAGCAAUACUCACAAGAAUUUAUUACAUCCGUGGUGCUCGGGAAGGAUGUCGUGCCCAGGAUAGGCCUUCGGCAAUUGGAAAGUUUGAGGGCCGAUCUUAUCAACGCCAUAAAAAGGAGCGUCGAUCCCAAGUGGAAAACGAUAGCGUGCUCGGUGAUGUGUUGCGGUUGCGGUUCCACCCCCACAUCGGCCGCAAAUUUAGAGGCUGGUGGAUGCAUCAGCGAGUACCAGAGGGACAAAGACCUAGCGCGUUCGCAGACCGUCGUGCCGAGCGACUCCAGUAUCGCGUUGACGUUGCACAGGCCCCUCUACCCGCCCGGUCGUAUUAUACACGUUGUCCGGCAUCAUCCGAACAAGGGAGAGCAGAAGUAUGAGAGCCGCUGGAGACAGAUGCUGAACAAACGGGAGCCAGUGUAUCAGGCGUUGUGGGCCGGCCCAUGCGAUUUCGACGAGGUGCUCAUCAGUCCGGUGAUGAUACAGGACCACAUGCCGGACAACAUGCUGAAAGCGUUGAACAAGGUUGUAACCACUUUGGGGCCGGCGAAGCCGCAGAGGCUCGCUUCCGGCCACGCAUCGUCCACGGAGGCGUCCGAGGCGCGCGAGGUCGUCGAGAUCCAGGAGAUGGAGAUCGAACAGGAAAUGAGAGCGUUGCUGUCCUCAUCCAGCCCCGUGAAAUCCCAUCCCAGCAACCUGGCCGGUACGCCGCCGCACAAACUCUGCCUGGAGACCAGCUUCACGUCCCUACAGAGCCCGUCGGAGUUCCCACAGGCCGGCCGCGAGCUGAGCGUCGACUCCAGGGGUAUACCAUGGGAGUACGUCAGCCUGGCCAGCGAGCUGCUGAACACGCCUAGGGCCGAGGAAUGUAAAUUGCCAAAUCGACGGACCGAUUGGGACGACACGUCCCGAACAGCGCCGCUAGCGACACCGGAAACACUGUCGGAGGCGUCCAGCAACCCACCGUCACCUGUACCACCACCAAGACCGAUGAGACGCACCCCGAAGAUUUCGGGAAACUUGUCAACGGCGGCGGACGACUUGAAGAACAACAUUCACUUCGCUAUGCUCUCGGCGAAGAAUUAUUUCCUGAGGGAGGGAAACAACGGCAGUAAUACAAGCAGCGGGAAUAGCGAGGCGAGCUACGAGAGCGCCAGAAGCUUAACCGCUGGUCUUCCGCCGCCAGUGCCGAGAAGACGGGACUCGGUCAUUGUCAGAAGAGAGCAAAGAGUAUGCACGGCUGCCUGCUGUAGAGACGACUUGUCCGAAAAUUCUUCGUCCCACACCUCUUCUCAUUCCUCUGGAGCGUCCCACGCGUCGAACCGGGUACAGCCGGGCUACGCUGAAGAGGAGAACGAGACGAACGGCUCCAGUUUGGACUUUUACGAAGCCAAGGGUUCUUCUGGACAACGUGACAGCAGUAACGACGUGUUCCUCAGCGUUAGAAGUUCUCCAGAGUGCAAAGGCCUCAUGGCACCAGCAACGGAUCUAGGAGCGGAAUGGAAGAAGAAAUUCGACGCGACCGGGUUGAGCGGCGACGCUUCGUUGCCCCUUUUGCGUGGACUCUCGCCGACGCCCACGCACGGGCAACACGGUUCGCCGUUUUUUAGCGCAAAACGGAAAAAGUACGUGUAUCCGAUCACGCUGGUCGGUCGGGGAGAAAGUAGCGUUUAAUUGCAGACGAUUCUCGACCGAUCGGGGACCAUAAGCGAAAGGGCCAGAAUAGGUGUAAAGU